AUGAACUCGCAAACUUUGCGUAUAAUAGAGGCAAAUAAGGAAAGUAUUGGGAUAAAAAGAGUGAGAAAUGAUACACACUUCCCUCACAACCAAGAAAACAAGAAAGCCGAUGAAAAAUCUAAUGGGGGAUUAGAGUCCUUUGCCAAUGAUACAACCUUACACGGAGCAAGAUAUUUGUGCGACAAAAACGUCUUCAGGAGAGUUUUGUGGACCUUGGUCCUCAUCGGCAGUUUUAGUUUCUGUAUUUAUCAAGUUUGUGAGACUCUGGUGGCAUUUAGUCAGCGACCAUUCAUUACAAAAGUUUCAACAAGCACAACUGAAACCAACAAGUCUUUUUUCCCCGCUGUGUCGCUUUGUAAUCUGAAUUCCUUUAACACACGAAGAUAUAGAGACGUAUUAAAAUCCCACAAUUUCAGUGAGCCUUUCAUCGAGAAAAAAAUUCAAGACGUGCUUGUUAUUGUGAACAAAGACAAAAAGGCAUUUAACGAUGAGUUUGUCAAGCGAAAUCCAGAAUUUUUUCAACGUCAAAAAACCGCAAGUGACAUUAUGGCACAACUGAUGCUCAGUCAUCAAAUCGAAGAAAUGCUCCUUCCAGUAAGCCCACAGUUUCAUUCUUGCUCUGUAAAUGGGAAAAAGUGCACAGCAAAUAACUUUACGAGUCACAUGAGUUCAUUGUACGGAUUGUGUUACACAUUUAACUCUCUGAAAAGCGGUCGACCGUUACUUUAUGCAACGUUAUCUGGUAAAAAUAGUGGACUAAGGCUUCUACUUAACAUAGAAAGGGACAGCUACUUGGCUACUAACAUUCGCCCUGCAGUUGGUCUUGCAAUUAUUAUCCACGACCAGAAAAGUUUUCCUUUCAUGGACGACUUUGGUACCACCGUGCAGCCAGGCAUUUCAACUCUUUGUGCCUUUAGGAAAAGAAAGGUUAGAGACUAGCGAGCUAUCAUCCGUAUUUGUUGCAAAAAUAGCGCUAUAUUAAACAAUUAUUCCGCGAGCCCGAAUAGUCAUUGACUCAGCGGCCAUGAGGGUGAGAGGAAUAGUUGUUUUAGUAAAAUCCAAGUAGUUGAUCAAAAAUAUCGAGACAAAACAACUUUAGAUAGCAAAACGCGAUUCAACCGCCAUUGUUUUGGUUUUCAAAGCCGGCGCUUUUCGCUACUAGAGGGCUAUAACAUAUAACCUAGUAGUGACUCAGCCAAUCAGAACGCAGCAUUGAUAAUAGACCACUAGUUGUAACUUGUUGUAUGUAGCUGUAGUUUUCUUGUAUCGCUGUUGUUUUUAAUAUUUUUUGUUUUUAUUUUUUUUAUUAGUAUCCGGGACCGCUUUAAUUGGCCACAGCCAACGUUCUUUCUGUUUGUUUGUUUUAUUUUGGCGAAGCUAACAAAAUAAAAAGUCAAAAAAAAAUAAAGUAACUGUAAUUUCUGGGCUCCCUCAUAAAACAGUGCAACGUCUUCAAAAAUAUUUUGGAGUUCUCCCUCUCGCCCACCCUAUAGAAUGCUGUAACUCGGGAAAAGUUUGGAAACAAAGGUUUAAAGCCGUACGUUCUUUGUGGGGUGGGGGAGAGGGGUAGGGCAUGAGUGAAAAAGAGAAAAACUAGCUCAUCGGCUGUAAUAAAAAUGACUUUAUAUAAGUUCUUUCUGGUCGUUAAAUAUGGGUCUCCUUAAAUGAAUCUAGAAGAUCAAUUGUGAAUCCAGAAACCAAAAAGUGUCAUGAACAUGAGUUUCCGUAGCUUUUUACUAAUAAGCAAAAACCACUUAUUUUCUUGCAGAUAGUUAACUUGAAAGCUCCGUAUGAAACAAAUUGCACAAACAGAUCACUGGACAUGUUCAACAGCGAUGUUUAUGCCUACACAAAGAGAGCCUGCAUGAUAAAAUGCCGCAAUGAUUACACUGUCAAAAGAUGCGGCUGUACACCGCCUGAAUUUAAAGGUAUAGUAAUGGCUCUUCAUUUUUUACAUUAACCUAUCUUUGUGGAUGUUUAAUAUCCGCAAGCGAGCGAGUUCACUGAAUGAUGAGAUUUACCGUUACUGAAAACAACAAUACCUCUUCCGAUAGACCAAGAUAGUUUCCUUCGAUCAUGAAAAUUGAGAUUAGUUUUUUAACAGCUGGCCUGGAUAAUAAAUAUUUUUUUCUAAGUUCUUGGGUUAAUUGCCACUUUUUGAAAUACAUCUGUAUGCAGCAAAAACAGCAUGCUAAGAGAUUUUCACAAUAACUUUAGAAUUUCGCUCGCUCUUAUACGGAGAAGCCGGACACCUUCAUAGAGGACUUUUGAUAAGGCAAAAUUAAAAAGAUAUUCUAGCAACAGAUUAAUAAAAUAGAAUUAAAAAUAUGUGAAGGAAGAAUUUAUUAAAGGAUAUUAAAAUAACGUUAUCGGACUAAAUUUGUCUAUUUUCUUUUUGAAGCGGAUGCUCCGAUUUGUGCGCCGAAUGACUCUGUGCUCUGCGUUUACAAUUCCUAUGGUGAGUCUGUAUUAGGGGGGUUCCUCGUUAUAGUGGUUUUCGUGUUAAUUAUCUCUCUUAUCGUGAGUGAUAAAUCUGUUUAUCAGGAUUAAAUACAUGCGACGGAAGUUCAGCGCCAAGCCCAUGUAUAUGUGCAAGCUGCUGCCUUUAGUGAGGCAUUAUGCUAUUCUAGCCAGCUGACGUGUUGAACACGAUUGUAAGAUUUCUUGUCCCAUCCCUCCCUCUCUGAGGUUAUCGCGCGGUGGUCUAGGCAAUAAAAGGAACCCCAAAGAGAGUUGUUGUGUAUUUAAUACUAAAUAAUGAUAGAUCGACCAAACUACUGGUGCAAGGUAACCUCUUAUGAAAUGAGCUAAUCUGAGUUAAAUUUAUUCAAUGAUAUAUUAUAUAUUUCAUUGUAGAAGAGUUUGGAGCCUCCAAUGAAAAAGAAUCUUGUGACAAGAACUGUCCUGAACCUUGUGAACAUGUGGAAUACGAGACUUCCUUCUCUUACAGCGCAUUACAGCCGGAAAGCUUCGUCGAUCAUCUCAUGGAUUUCCUUAAGAGCAAUGACACGUCAGUGGAUCGAGCGAUUUACGAGCCCCUGUUGAACAUGACACCAUCUGAGCGAGAGAGAUACAUUGAGUGAGUGCUUUACUUAGACUGGUAUCUCCAACUGAAUGAGAAAAUAAUAUGUUAAGUAAUGUAUACUAAACUUUCCUUGUGGAAAAGAGAGGGCGAACAAACACACAAAAAAGCUGGUUGUUUUGCAGUCUAGUGGAAGAAGUGUAACCCGGUAAAAAAAACUGACAGAUUGCAACACAAACAAGAAACGAACAGAUCUGGUUUAAAUUACUCUGUUCGCUCUUUGCUAUCCAUUCGUAGUUUGCUUAGUUUGCAAUCACAGAUACUCGUGGCAGAGGGAGGAUACUUAAUCAGUCGUAAUAAAUGGAGGUAAUGGACACAACAAUUGUGUAGUAUCGAUGACCUGAGAGCCCAACCGUAGGCAGCUUGAGUACCAACCUCGGAUACACUUUCUGUUUCUUUUCCCUAAAUGGAAAAUUAAUUUUCUUCAUCUGUGAUCUUUUUUUAAAUCCAGAAGAAACAUAAUUUCCUUGGACAUCUAUUUUGAAGAUUUGAGCUACGAAAUCAUUCAACAGACACCUGUUUACGAGACCUGGACGAUGAUCGGUAAGUCUGGCUCACUUGAAAACUUAGCAAAUUGUCAUAACUGUAGUGAACUCAGUUACAAUUAUCAAUUAAUCUUUAGCAUUCUCGCCAUUUUCCUGAAAGGUCCGAAGGGAGGGAAGAGGCCAAAUGGUAGACAGUUUACAACGCAGAAUUAUCAACUGCGACUAAGGAGAUGCGAAAUGAUCAAGUAGCGUAAAACCUUUCAAGUCUGCAAAGUCUCCACUACAGGCUCCACCACAUUUCAAUUAAAAUUGCGUGAUUUACGAUGGGAAGAUCCCCUUCGAACUUCAUUGCAUUCCUCUCCCCAUUCUCCCUAAGAUACAAAGAGGCUCUGGGGAAAAGAGAUUGAGGAAGAGGUUUAUGGCAAUCACUACCAUGUCCAUGUAUGGUCAUGUAUACUAUACAAUUAGGACCACGAAAUGCAGGUUGGAAUGUCUGCAUAUUACCCUACCAUUACCAACUGUUUCUCCUUAACUCCUCGCAACUACUCACGCGACUCGCUUGGCUCGCUCGGUCUCGGACUUUGAUAACAAAGGAAACAGAAAACAAAAGAAACUUCCAGCCUAUAAUUUGUUUUAAAUCAGCCUCCGAGGCCUAUCACUUUCCUUUUUUUGAGUCAAGACCGAAUCUUGCAUUAUUUAUUAUUUAUUGUAUAGGAAGCCUGGGUGGGACAUUUGGUCUGUUCCUUGGAAUGAGUUUGCUCACCAUUUUAGAGUUCCUUGACUUCAUCUUCACGAGGAUUUGUCACUUACUUCAAGGUCUCCACUCAGGCAACCGACAUACUGGAACCAUUGAUGCAGAGUUUUGA